UCCUUCCUACGCUGAAAACAACCACCAAUAAUUCUGAGAUUGGCUUGUCUCAUUUUAAAAAUGUUCUGCUUUAGUAGGGUUAUAUAAAAUUUUCCCAGCAAAUUCUGCCCAAUUUUUCUCCUUAUCAUCAAUACAAUUUGUGCAGAAUUUUGAGGGAAAAGACGUUGGAGGGAAGAAUCGUCAAUCUAAGCAGGAUUCAUGGCUUCAAAAAUUCAUCUCAUUUCCAUAGGACCUUCUCAUUAUUGUGAAAAGGCAAGAUGGGGAUUGGACCGUGCUGGAAUUUUGUAUCAAGAGACAAAACAUGUUCCUGUGUUUCAUGUGUUGUACACAAGAGGAUUGGGACAGGGAACCAGCUGUCCCAAACUUGUAGUCAGCGAGGGAGAAAGGUAUCAACUGUUGAAUGAAUCGUCAGACAUCUUGCAGUUUGCUGACAAUAAUAUUAAAUAUGAAGAAGAUCACUUGUAUCCAUCCACCCUUAAGCAGUCUGUGCAAGAAUGGGAUAUAAAAUUUAACCAGAUAGUGGGUCCCCAUGUCAGGCGCUGGUCAUAUUAUUAUUUGCUGUAUGGCAAGCACAUUUACCAGCUAUUAUGUCAAGGAGCUUCAGGUUGGCAAAGGUGGCUAGGUUGGCUUCUAAUGCCUUUGAUAAAGUCUCAUAUGAAUAAAUUGUAUGGCAUCAAAAGGCCAGGAGCAAAGGAGUGUUCUCUUGAAAAAAUACGUCAGAUAUUUCAAGAGGUAGCUAAUGUUCUUGCAGAUGGUCGACCUUUCAUCUGUGGUGACCAGUUUACUGCAGCUGACUUGACAUUUGCUGCACUCUGUGGUCCUCUGCUAUGGCCGAAAGGAUAUGGCAUCUACCAAGUGCCGAUAGAACAAUGUCCAACAGAAAUGGCUGAAGUUACGCUUUCAUUAAGAGAGACAUUAGCAGGGAAGCAUGUUUUGAAGAUGUAUGAAACUCAAAGAUACAAGAAAGUCACUUCAAAGGAACUCGUAAGAUGAUUUUGUGCAUACUUGUCGUGACUUCAUAUCUUCUAGAAGUUUUCAUCUUCUUUAUGAUGUACCUUUGGUGC